AUGGCAGCACGAACAGCAGCGAUUGAGCGCAAGACGAAUGAGACCGAGAUCAAGGUCGCCAUUAACCUGGACUGCCAGCCGGGGACGGGGAACAAGCAGGAGAUCUCCAUCUCCACCGGUAUCGGAUUCCUCGAUCACGACUCCGCGAUCGCGCUUGGCACCGCGUUCAAACAGGCCCUCGGUGAGGUUCGCGGCAUCCGCCGUUACGGCACAGGGUUCGCGCCCCUGGAUGAGGCGUUGUCGCGGGCGGUCAUCGACAUCUGCUCGCGGCCGUUCUGCGUCACAGACCUGAAGCUCAAGCGCGAGAAGAUCGGGGACCUCUCCACGGAGAUGUUCCCGCACAUCUUCUACUCGUUCGCUAUCGCCGCUGGCGUGACACUACACGUCGACGUGCUGCGCGGAGAGAACGACCACCACAAGGCCGAGUCGGCGUUCAAGGCGCUAGCGCUCGCCAUCCGCGAGGCGAUCCAGAGGACGGGCGGGGACGACGUACCCAGCACCAAGGGUGUCCUGUAG